AUCCUCAUUUUACGACAAUCGUAUCUAAUUUAAAUUCCUGUCUCGCCUUACUGAAAUGUUUAUCUUCUACAUUCAAUCGCAAACUAUUGUUGAAGAAGAACGUACGCUGUGAAAUAAAAUAUGAGGAAAAUAGCAGUAUUGGUGGUGAUUUUGCUUGUCAUCUUUGUCAAUGAAUGCGAUGGUUUCCAGUGUUGCACGGGGUACAACAUUUUGGGAGAAAAAUACCCGCCUCAAUUGUGCGCAAACUACUGUUGUUGGAACAACUUUUUCAAAACACGUAAAGAGUGUUGUAAUGACGAGUCCAGAAUGGUUUCCGCGAACGAUAGAGAUCAGGUGUCGUGCGUGAAAAGUUGGAUAGAAGAACACAUAUGGGUACCAAUCGUUGGCAGUGGUGCUGGUCUUGUCGUUAUCAUCGCCUUGGUAGCGUACUGUUGUUGCGGAUGUUGUCGUCGCUGAGAAAAAUAUGUUGCAACUCAGACGAAUAAAAAAUUAACGAUCAUGAUGUCCUUCAUACAAUUAUAUGCAACUGUUUUAACACCUAUUUCUAAAAAUCUUUAUGAACUAAAUUGUUAUCAAAGGAAUUAAAUAAAUAAAGCGUUCAUUUUAA